CUCAUCUUGACAUGGAUGAUGCAAAUCACAGCCCAACAGACCUUGCCCCGCCCCCACCUGCCUACGACCAGCGCGAGUUGGAUCAGAAGGUCUCACAGGCCCUCGAGCAAUCUCUCUCCUCAACAGACAUGACACACACCAUCGGCGAAGACGGCUGGCCCAUCUAUGAUGCCUCCGCAUUCGAAGUCGUCGCAUCGAGCUAUGAGCGGUCGACCACAGGUUCAUCAUCGCGGUUGCAGGAGACCGACCAGAGUUCGUGGACAAAGCGGGCCUUCCCAAGCGACUCAAAGGUCCCAAGCGCCGGCACACAGCCUCUUCGUAUACGAAGACGAAAGAAUCGACCGUCCAAGACCUCGCAGGACGUUAUAUCGCACGCAAUGUCUGAAGAGAGCGCACGACCGAGCUCUCGAAGUUCUCAGCAUAGCGCGGUGAAUCCCGAAUAUUCGAGAGACAGCCCCCCUCCUCCAUUCACUCCUACAGGUCCCUCUUUAGAUGGUCCACCCUUUGAGGAGGUUGUCCGUUUGUCAUGGAAUGGACCAGACUCCCGACCUGCCUCUCCGCUGUCUACCAUUGCCCAUGAUCACUCCCCUCGACGCGACCUCCGGGAAUUUUCUCCGGAGCCCACGAGAACCCAUCAUCAAUCACCCACACUUCUGCCCCGUAAUGGGAACCGCCGAGCGAAUCCUCGCCCCAUCACCACUGACUAUACGGCAUCGCAUGCAAGACAUCACUCAGCCUUGUCGUCUCGUCUAGACUUCAAUCCCCUGUCGGCUUAUAGUAAACAUCAGCUUGACCACACGGAUGCACCGGCUUCCGAUCCUUCACGCCAAGCUAUGGCUUUCUACAAUCAAGCUGUCGCCUCCCACCUAACGGGCUCGGCGCCGGUAUCGAGUCGUUCAGACUAUAUUCCCUCACCAAACAAAUCUCAGCUUUUCCGAGCACCUCGAGGCGCCUCACCUAUGCCGCCCGGAGCUUCGGCUGGAGAUGACGACAUGACGUCGAGUAUGCGAACCCAACGCCUACCUCGGCCAGCAACUGCGUCUAGCUCGAACUUAUCGCCAUAUCCUCGUUCGAUGCCAUCACCGCCAGGAGCGAAUGGGCCCUUGUCUACGUUCGAUAGACAAUCGCAGUACUCUACAGAGACACGGAGCGCCAAUAGCGGAACGCCAUGGGCGUUCAGCGAGGCGCAGAUGAUCAGGGAUCUAUAUCAGGCUCGGUGACCUCGAUCCUCGAAGCCUUGUGUUUGAUUAUGUAUGUUUUGUUUUGACCCGGUUCUUUUCCACUGUAUUGGCACUGCGUUGCGUCUGAUCACUUUUAGCUGCUGAAGAUGAUGGAAACCUGUAGCUUUGCUCUGUUCUAUAGCGUAUCAUACCAGUCUAUGUUGCGUCUCGAAAUCUAAAGUUAAUUAUACAGAUCUCCUAGCUAGUGCACAUACUAUAGUCCUCGGAAGAAGUCAUUCUUGUCC